UUAUAAUGGGCGCAAAUUUGGUAGUGCCGUAUAGUCAAGUACACAUCGUCCAACACGCAUUGAGCUCCCGUUGUCAAGGGACAAUUCCGACAUCAUGCGAUCAUUCAACAGUCUUUUUCAGGUUUUUGCCGCUGGGCUUCUGUUGACGACAGUCGUAGCCAAUCCGGCCGCUAGGAAAGUUCUCCAGCGUGCGGCCUGUACGGAGAGUUAUGCUCCAUGCACCUGCGAUCUGACUGCCAACGGCGUAGAAGUCAGCUGCUUGGAUGUGACAGUCGCCGAGAUCGUCGAUGUCUUCUUCCGUACGCGUACUCUCGAUAUCUACUCCGUAACACUAACGGCCACCUCAGCCACCGGAUCAAUCGACUUGCCCGCCGAUCUCCUGAAGGACAAACGAGCCAAAAAUAUUUACCUCAACUGCCCGUCGACAGCCUCACCCAAACUCGGUCUGACCAUCGAUCCAGCCUCUUUUGAAUUCACACGUUUCGACACGACACGUUUCGAAAUUCACGACUGCGAUCUUGUCGGACAAUUAAAUAUGGACUUUUUGGUCGAUUUUUCGGUUCUUGAUACUUUACAUAUCGAGAAUUCGGAAAACGCCAAAGCUAUCGAAACACUCCCAGCCCUAGCCCAACUCAAAGAAUUGGCCGUUGUUAGUUGCACUGGUUUGGCAAAUGUCGCCUUCCCAGAUUUAACCCCGGCACGUUUGGAAAGACUGUACCUGAACGGCAAUGGUCUGGACGACGCAACGGCCAAUGGCAUUUUGGUAGCUGUUGGUAGUUCAUCGUCAUCCAGCUCGUUGGUAGAGUUGUCUCUGGCAUCGAAUAGCAUGACCAAAGUGCCAAGGAUUGCGUCGUUUUCCAAGUUGAGUUGGUACGACGUCAGCUCAAACGCCAUUCCAUUUAUUAGUCAAUCGGCUUUGAUUUUCGGAUCCCCUGUUAAUUUCCUCGGGAUCAAUAACGUUGCCCUAACUGCCAUUGAAGGCGGAGCUUUCCUUGGUGAUUAUACGUUCGCCCAGGUAAACUUGGAGAACAAUGAUUUGACCUCGUUUAGGGAAGAUGUUUUUAAAUCAAUGUUGCAACUAAUGGCGGCUCAACCAGCAGGUGGCCAGGUGAUCGUCACUGGAAAUCCAUUUGACUGUGGCUGUGGAUUAGCCUGGCUGAUCCGCGACAAUCCAACUCUCAUCCCCAACGUCAAAAACGGAGUUUGCGGUGGAUUCUUUAGAUUCGAAGACCUCAAUCCUGACUCAUACGCAAAUUGUUAGUUAUAGUUAAUGUGGUUAUUCAGCUAAUCGUUGUGCUUGAUCCCAAUGUUUUUGUCCACCACAUA